UGAACAAUGGAUAUGGGAUUGGAAAGAAGAUGGCAAUAACCGGAAUUGCCAUCUCAGCCGCCCCACUUGUGCUUCCUCCAAUUGUGGUUUUUUCAGCUAUGGGGGUUGCAUUUUCAAUCCCUUCCGGGUUUGUAUUUGCAUCAUAUGCCUGCACUAAUAAGCUUAUGACCACAUUACUGCCGAUGCCACCGUCGCCAGUUUUACUCGAACAGUAUGCUGACGAAGAUGAAAAUGAAAAAGCAUUAAUGAAUGAAGGGGUUGAGUUAGCUUAUGAAGCAGACAAGGAAGUCGAGACACCAGAACCCAUUACGGUUAAUGAAGGUAGUGUCGAAGAUAAGACAAAUAAAGAUGAUUACUUUGUCGAUGGAAGUGCUUCAAAUGUCGUUUCCGAAGAAAUAUUUAAGGAUGUGAAGACAGCGGAGCCCGUUACGGUUAAUGAAGAUAGUACCGUUGAAGAUGAUAACUUUCUCGAUGAUAGUGCUUCAAAUGUAGUUCUUGAACAUGUUGAAGAUGACGAGACAACGGAACCAGUUAUAGUCAGGGAAAUUGAGACUGAAAAACAAGUCAAGGAUGGAAGUGAGAAUGACGAACCCAUAGGCGAGAUGCACCGUGUUGUUAUUUUAUCUCCAGGAGACGAAGGGAACAACUUCAAUUCAAGACAAGUAGAAGAAUUAGAUUUAGUGGCAAGACAAGUGGUUGGAGACGUUGACCAAGAUACAGGGAACAUUGACUCUGAUGAAAAAGUAAUGAGAGAAAGUAUGGGAACACAAGAGGAAGCUGGCAGUGACAUCCGUGAUGAAGGAAGGGAAGAUAGUAGUUUGCGAACAAGGAAAGAUCAUUCGGUUAAUGUAAAUGUGGGUGCUAUGAAAAUCGAUGAGGAGACUGGUUUGAUUCUGUUUGAUGACCAAAACACAAGCGUGAAUUUCAAGGCCCUUGAAGCUGGUGGAGAAUUAAAGGGAGAUGUUGGUAAAAAUGUGGAUGUAUUGGAACUUCCUGCUUUUAGACAGGUAUCAUUGGAUACAGAUAAUGCAGAAGUUACAUCUAAAACCAAUACUAAAACGCCAUCCAGAGAGGACGCAUUAAAUGAUAUGAUGAUUUGGGAAAAAAUAGGAGAAAAGAGGGCUAUAGAACAUAUGGGGGAAAUGUCAUUGCUUAGUAGUAGACUUGUUGAAAAUAAGGGGAAAGAGCCGUUGCUUGAGAGUGAACUCAGUGAACAUCAAAGUAAGACGCGGGAAGUAACCGUAGAUAGUUUGGAAGAUAUAGUGAAAGGAAGCACCGGACUGCUGGAAAAACUAAGGGAUGAAGGGAGGGUAAAUGAUAACACCGUUGAAGAUGAUAAUUUUAGUGUUCCGAAUGUACUUCUUGAAGAAAUUAAGGAGGUUGAGAAAACAGAACCUGCCACGGUUAAGGAAAUUGAGACUCAAAUACUGGUGAAGGGUGGAAGUAAGAAUAAACAGACUAUAAGCGAGAUGCACCAUGCUAUGCUUUUAUCUGCUGGAAACCAGCAAAACAACUUCAAUUUAAGAGGAGUAGAAGCGUUGGAUCUGGUGUCAAGAGAAGUGGUUGUAGAUUUUGAUGAAGAUGGAGGGGCCAUUGACUAUCAUGAAAAGGUGAUGACAACUGGCGGUGGCAUUAUAUCUGAUCAGGGAACCGAAGAUGUCAGUUUGGGAACAAAGAAAGAUCAUUUGAUUCACGCAAAUGCAGAUGCGAGGGAAAUGGGUGGUGAGAGUGGUUUGGGUUUGUUUGAUGAUCUAAAGACGAGCAUGGAAUCUCAGAGCAGUAAAGGUGGUGGUGCAUCAAAGGAAAUUGUUGAUCAGAAUGUGGAUGAACUGGCACUUCCUGCUUUUAGAAAUAAAGUAUCAUUGGAUACAGAUAAUGGAAGUGUUACCUCUAAAAUGAAGGCAAAAACACCAUCCAGAGAGGGCGUCUUAGAAGACGAGAAGAUAUGGGAAAAAAUAGUUGCAAUGAGGACUAUAGUGGGAUACAAUGCACCCAGGCAACCAACAUGCAUGGGUGAGCUAAAAGCUCUAUAUGUCUUCGCUGGAGUUGAGCCACCAGCAACAUUCGAAGGUAAUACAGAUUUAGAUGAUGUGAACGGGAAGCUCAAAUUCCUUAUGGCAAUUGUUGGGGUAAAGUAACGAGACUCCGAAUAAUCUGCACUCGUUUGUAUUUAUAUGUUUUUAAUCUUUUAUUAAUAAAAUGUUGUAAAACUAUUUAUAAACUAGAUGAUAUGCUUUUGUCCAA